GCGCAGUGCCGGGGCCGCCCCGCCGAGGCGCUGAGGGAGCGGGGCCGCCAUGGCGGGCCGGGCGCUGCAGGCGCUGCCCAGGCUGAGGGCACUCAACAGACUGCAAGUAAUAUUACAACAUUUGAAAAUGUCUAAGCAAACAGAUUCRACAGCAGAAGUGUUGUUGGAAAAGAAAGGGGGUGCAGGAAUAAUAACUCUGAAUAGACCCAAGGCUCUCAAUGCACUGAAUCUGUCUAUGAUCCAACAAAUUUAUCCUCAAAUAAAGACAUGGGAGAAAGAUCCUGAAACUUUUCUGAUAAUUAUAAAGGGAUCUGGAGGAAAAGCUUUUUGUGCUGGGGGUGACAUCAGAGCCAUCACAGAAGCAGGAAAAGCUGGAGAUAAAAUGUCACAAGAUUUCUUCAUAGGAGAAUAUAGGCUGAACAAUGCCGUUGGCACUUGCAAGAAGCCAUAUGUGGCACUUAUCGAUGGCAUUACAAUGGGAGGGGGAGUUGGUGUCUCAGUCCAUGGACAUUUUCGAGUUGCUACAGAAAAGACUCUUUUUGCAAUGCCAGAAACAGCAAUAGGCCUUUUUCCUGAUGUAGGUGGAGGGUAUUUCUUGCCAAGGCUCUCAGGAAAGGUUGGCUAUUACCUCGCACUAACAGGAUGUCGGCUGAAAGGCAGAGAUGUGCUAAAAGCUGGCAUCGCUACACAUUUUGUAGAAUCUGAAAAGCUACCUGCCUUGGAGAAAGACCUGAUAGCACUGAAAUCUCCUUCAAAAGAAAAAAUUGMAGAUGUAUUGAACUCUUACCACAAGAAGUGCACAMUUGAUCAAGAAAAGGAGUUUGCACUUGAUGAACAUAUGGACAAGAUUAACAGUAUUUUUUCAGCAAAUAGYAUGGAAGAAAUUGUUAAAAAAUUAAAGCAAGAUGGUUCUCCUUUUGCCAUGAAGCAGCUAGAGACUCUUAAUAAGAUGUCACCUACAUCCUUAAAGCUGACUCUCAGACAGCUCAGAGAAGGAGCUUCCAUGAGCUUACAAGAUGUACUCAAGAUGGAAUACAGACUGAGCCAAGCGUGCAUGAAAGGCCAUGACUUCUACGAAGGAGUUCGAGCAGUGCUGAUUGACAAAGACCAGUCCCCCAAAUGGAAACCAGCUGCUCUAGAAGAAGUCAGYGAUGAAUUUGUGGACAACUGUUUUAAACCAUUGGGAAACAACGAUCUUAAGUUGUAAAGAUCAAACCUAUCUGCUGUUCUGUGAUGCAAAAAUUAAUAGUAGUGUGAUCAAUUUUGACAAGACUCUCUUAGCUAGCCUGGGAUUCACAAGGCUUUUUUUUUUUUUUUUUUUUUUUUUUUUUUUUUUUUUUUUUUUUUUUGCAUUCAGGAACAUUCUUUGUAAUGAGAAAAUAAUUGUAUCUGGUUGAUAAUGGCAAAAAUCACUUCAAGGCAAAUUGUUAUUUUUACUGCUUUACACAAUGAUUAACAUUUAAUUUUUUGGGGUUUUUUUUGCAUCAGUAGUUUGGGAGGAGCCCUUGGGGAAGAGAGUACAGUUAAGGGGUGACCUAAUAAGCAAAAAGUCAAGAGACCUUUUAUGUUCUUGGCUCUGUCACUGAUCUGGUAAAUUGGGUUUGUGUCUCAGAUUCAUCUGAAUACAAGGAAAAUAAAAUAUAGUUAAACCUUUAACACAGUCAGAGCUACAAAGGAAAAUGCAAGACAGAAUCCAUGGUGUUAAAUACAUUUUAAAUAAAAGCUCAGACUGAUGUAUUAUUAAUCUGAAAACAAGAAAUUGUUCUGUUGAUUUAAGGCCAUUUUUCAGCCUUGCUGUGUGAUGUAAACAUUGUUUCAAAUGUGAUAAUGUUGCCAGAGCCUAGAGCACAUUUCUCUUUGCUUGUACAGCCCAUUUUUUAAAAUGUCAUUAWGCCUGAUUCAACUGCAUAAUUAGUUUUUCAUUAUUUAAAAAAAUUGCUGCUUUUUCUUGUUCUUACAGUUGUGAAGAAACAAGUGCCUCCAAGCUUGCUGUGAACACCAAGCAGCACAUUUCCUGUGCAUGCAAGGUGGCUGGGUUUGAUACUAAUAAUCCAUGGAGUUACAUGRUAUCACCAGAACCCCUUGAUACAAGUAUUUGUGGGAGGGAAAUGAUUUUUUUCUAUUGUGUAUGCAACACAGAGCUACUAAUCUUUCCUCAACAUUACGCCUUCUUUUUUAUGCUUCAUCAGAUCAUGUAUCAGCAUUUCUUCCUACUUGUUUCUACACUUACAGGCAGGUUGCAAAUACAAAUUUGAGCUUCUCUGAAGACUAAAGGAAGAAAAGUUCUGUUCAAAUGCCACAGUCAGUAACCAGCACCAGGGAAACUAGAAAGUCAGAGCCACAGCAGAACCACUAUGGAAUUUUCAGCAUUGGGCAGUUUYUGUUACCAGCAGCAAUGGUCUGCAAUGGCUCAAGGCUCCUUCCUUUCCAGGAGCUGUUACCUGAAAACACCAGGAAAUUCAAGCAUCAAGGUGAACUAUCAAGGAAACUAUAUCAAGGAAAAAUGGCACCUUGCUUUGUCACUAGAAUCUUCUAAGAUAAAAUCAUUAAAAUUCCUGCUGUGAGUUCAUGUUACCAUGGACAUUCUUGUUAUGGGACUGUCCUUGAGUUUAGUUCCAAAAGUAAUUGAGAUUUUAUUAAUACUAAUAAAAAUUUUAGGGUAAAUCUGAAAGUAACACUUGACUUUUUACCUCAGGCUAGUUCUGUAAGAAGUGCAAAUGGCCCCCUGUAUUUUUCUAAAAAUUUGUAUGUUUUACAUUCAUAAACAAUGACUAUUUUUAAUUUAUUUUUAAAGAUUGAGUAAUUCCAUUAUCUUUGUAUAAAAGGAGCUCUCUUCAGCCAACUAUAUUUAAUGAAAAACACAGUAAUUCCCAAGGAGUAGGGAUCAUGCCUCCUCUGACUGUAAAUGACUUUCAUGAUUUUACAAAGAACAAACUUCUGAAUUAAUAAACUUUGACUUGCAUGUUCAGUUGCUUCCAAAAUUUACGGGAACAGGAAUUAUCCUAAGCUCACAGUAAUGAGAUCCUGUCCAGUSUGUGCAUUUUUUUCAAAUAAAAGGCAGACAAGCAGAU